CUGUAACAUCCGAAGGCAUUGAAUACUCCAGCUGAAACGGCACUUGCAAGUGUUCAGAAAGAUUUCAUAGGAAAAUAUCCCCCCCCCCCCCCAAAUUGUUGGGGGGGGUGGGUGUGUGUGUGGAGAGACGGGCGCGAACCCGAUCAUCACCCCCAAUCAAGGACACGCCACCAUUUUAUGUAGGUGAGCCAAUUAAGACCCGUCCAUCGUGAUGCGUGCCCGGAAGUGCUGUGCAUGAAAGAGCGCAGAGAACUCCCUGAAGCACAGAGAUGCCUCGGAGAUCAGUUUGACAUGUGUGAUAUAUCUCGCCCAAUGGAGUCGAAAGGUGCUUAUGGUGCACCACCCCCUAACUAUAUGGAUGCAGUGCAGCCACCAAGCUAUCAAGGGACUGCUGGGUACCCGCCUUAUCCUGCAGGACCUCCCAUGGAAGGAUACCCACCUUAUCCUGCAGGACCUCCCAUGGGAGGUCCUGGGAUACCAGUGCCUCAGCAUGCUAACCCUCCUGUUGUGGUGCAGACUGUUUAUGUGCAGCCCACACAACACUUCAGCUUCCAACCAAUGCAGACAACCUGUCCAUCCUGCAACCAGGUGGUUGUAACUCGUGUUAGCCACUCACCAGGUGCACUAACAUGGAUUAGUUGUGGAGGUCUCUUCCUUGUAGGGUGUGUGUUUGGCUGCUGCCUGAUUCCAUUUUGUGUUGAUGGUCUUCAGGAUGUGGAGCACAUUUGUCCAAAUUGUGGACAGCACAUCGGCAGCUGCAAACGCCUGUAAAAUUUCACCAAGAUGCAGCUAUGAUUCUGUGACACGUCAACUUUUGGUACUACUACUACUAGACGGAAUAUUUCUCUUAUAGAAUCUGAUAUCAAACAUAUGAGACUUCAUAUUCUGGAAGUGGAAAUGCACUGCUGUUUUCGAGAAGUUGGAGUAAAAAUUAUUAAAGUGGGAAGCUGACUAUUGCCUGGCAGUAUCUUCGUAAGUGUGCAAAUAAAUAAAUGAUCUGUGGCCUUGCAAAUGUCAUUAGCAGCCAUUUAAUUAUUUGAGGUGGGGCAGGGGUGGGUGGUCAGGGUUGUGGGGAAAUGGCAUGUAAUUUUCUUCAGAUAAUUUUGUCACUUAGUUUAAAUGGUCUUAAGUAGGUUUUGGCAACUAGUUCUUUUUUAUCAUUUAAGCAAGUUGCAUCAAAAAUCAUUCUUAAAAUAGUCCAACAAUUUGGAUUAUUCCAAGUAAUAUUUCUGCAAAGGAUUGUGUUCUAAUUGGUACUUUUUGGUGGUAAAAUCUUUACAAUUGUGAUUUUAACAGUAAAAAAAAAUGCUAAAUAAAAGCUUGUAUUAAAGGUAGUGUGAUGCUGUACUAUCACUUAAUGUGCUCGCAGGUGGCUGGGCUGGUGAUCUGAGAUCUUUUUGAUAGGUUUUUGUAUCUUGUCUGUUUCCACACUGUAACUUCAUUUUCUCUUAAGUAGGAUAAAGAUGAAAGCUAUAAAAUUUCAAAACACGUUAUCUCAAAAUCACUUGAUGCUACUGCCCAGAGAGUUGGAAACACUAGAAGUGUAUUUCUAAUCCUACAGUAUUGGGAUAUGUCACACCUUUUAUAAUUUCCUUGGUCUCCAUAAACAUUCUGUUCCCUAGUGUGAAAAAUUAAAUUGGGAAAUUUGGAAGUUAAUGGGAAUGAUAUAGCAUUAAGAUCCAUGAUAUUAAAUGUGAAAAAUCCCAUUCUGCCUUAAAUGCUGAACAAGAAAUAGAUUCUAAUGCAAGUGAUGUUAUAUCCCUACAUCAAUGUGUCUGAGGGAAAGUAUAAGGGAGAGGCAAAACUGAGAGUCAAACCAAUGCUCUGUUCAUUCAAAUGAAAUCCAAAGGGCCAACAGGCAGGUAGGUGUACAGUAAUGGUCAAGUCUUUGAGUUAGUGACAGACUUACUGCAGUGGGUGAAAUAUUCAUUGCUAUCCAAAGCAAUUUAAUGCAAAAAUCAAUAACCUCAGUGGUAUAUAAACCGCAGUAGGAAGUGAAGCAGAAAUAAGAUCAAUCAUUCGAUAUAUUGGAAGCCAUAGUCUAGAACUAGAGAAGCUUGCAGAUCUUUUUUCUCCAAUUACAUUUUGGCUAUCUGUUUUAGAAGUCCCAGAUGUUCAAAAAUAAAGUAGUUCUACCUCUUAGAAAGUAGCAAAGCAUUUUUUUUUAAUCGCUAGAACAAAAUCCGAGUGUUAUCCUAACCUGCCAAUAAUCCUAGUUGGAUCUGCUGCCCAUUUCAUUUUCGAUCAACUCCAAAUUAAAGUAAAUUUGGGCAGCAGGGUGUAAAAUGGGACAGCAGGUGCCUAUACCACACUAUUCCUUAACUUUGAGUGUGAUUUAUAUAAAAAUGCUUGGAUAAGCCUCAGUGGGAUGGAACACCCAGGAAUUGCACAUGUUCCAUUCAAAUAUACACACAGGGAAAACAGUUUGUUGGGCUAAGAAACCUAUAGAAACUUAUAGUUCCCAAUGCUUGUGCUCAUUAAACGUCCUGCAUUUGAUUCUUUAUGAAAGCUUUAAACAUCAGAAUAUAGUGCCACUGUCACUUCAACCUAUCAGUGAAAGCAGUAGGAUUACCCCCACAAACUGGAUUUUGACUUGAUCUACUUUUAACUAAUGGUGGCCUGUCCUAAGCUUGUAUUGCUAAAUUAGAGUUAUUUUGUUUGCAGGUUUAAAACUACUGUAUAUCUACAUUUCUGGUACUAGUCUACAAAAUAGCACUGACGAAUAAGGAUCUCUUAUUUGAAUGUAACCUGUUUGAAUCAGCCCCCUACUUUAAACAAAUCCACAGUGUAACCAUCUUGGAAAUGCCGAUAAAAAUACAUUUUAACUAUAUGACAUUGUGAUUUGCCAAUGCCAUCUCUAGGUAUAUUUUCAGUGAGCGGGAAGGUUCUUUUUUUUCUAUGGGAUGGAUGUACUGUUCUAGGAAGUGGAACUUUUCUGGUCAUGUGUUGUUUUUUUUUCCUCCUGUGUAAUUAAACUCCUAUUUGAUAAAUACAAAA